AGCCUAGUAAAAUGUUGCGGUUUCUCUAAAUUGAAAGGUGUUUAAUAUAUUUAACAAAUUUAUAGUGCAUUCUAACCAACCAUCUGGUUGAUAAUUUCUCAAAUAAUAAAUUGAGCCUGUUGGCAAACGAAGCGAAACACAGUUUCGCCUACAGUUUUGUAAGCAGAUCGAACAAAGAGAGAGAGAGAGAGAGAGAGCACGAAAGCGUUGCGGCAUCAACACUAUAAAUAAUAAACAAAACUACAACUAACAACAAAAACGCAAGCCAAGCAGUAAAUACGCUUUGCACGCUCGCCAACGAAAAGCUCAGUCGUAAGCCAACAUUCAGACCAACAGCAGCCGCAAGCGUCGUGGUUGUCGUCGUUUUUUUCGGCAUUACCUUCUACAGCCAGCCAUCAGUUGGCUUUACCAUUUGUUAUUUUUGUUAGCCAGUGUUUGUAACGGUCACGCUUCGAUCCGAUCAGCCCGCGCUCCAUAAGCGCAGUACAAGAAAUACCACAAAAGAUCACAUACAAAUGCCGUAUAUUAUCAUAAGAGGCAACCUCGCCUCCUACAGUCACAAAUAUCCAUGGCGGGUGCUUGUCUCUGGAUUGAAAGCUGACGACAUCGAACAGUUAAACAAGUUCUCGUGUGGCGGCUACAGUGAUGAGUCGACUAUUGUCUAUUUAGUGCAUCCCUGUCGCAUACUAUCGGCGCUCGAGAUAUUGGGUUUUCGCGUGGUGGCGAGCUCAUCCACAGCUGUUAAGCAGGACUAUAACGAGUAUAUGUGGACCAUGCGCAAGGAGUUCGACGAGCCCGAACCAGUGGAAGCCGAGUCAGUCGUACGCGAGAAUCUGUCGAAUAUAGGACGGGAAGCGGCUAGUUUAGGCAACUACCACAAGGUUGAUUCGCCGGAAUAGAUCUAAAAAACAAAAAGCAACCCACAAAAUUCCAC